AUGAGAGCCCAGCUGGAAAGGCUCUCUCUGCUUUGGCCACUUCUCCUGUCUCCAUGGCUGGGAGCCGCAGAAAAUACUGCUGCUGUCUUUGGGAUGAAUCAGACACCCCCUUCUAUCCGUGCAAUGGAAGGGUCAGAGUUCACCAUCGAGUGUACAUUCAACACAAGGAAUAAUUCAACCAAGUGGUUUGUUGAAUGGAAUAAAACCAGAAACAAUGUAACAGCAAAGGUGAACAAUGUAAUAGAUCGAAUCAUAUUAUCAGGAGAUACAGAAAAGAGGUCUCUUUCCCUCACUGUGAAGAAAGCCGACGUCACUGAUUCUGGAACCUACGUAUGUCAGGUUGGGAGCAAAGAUGGGACAUCUCCUGGGACUGGAACCCAAGUGACCAUCGAUGAAAUUACCCACCUGAUGGUGAAUCAAACCCCAACCAGUGUCAGUGAUUUCGAAGGCUCAGAACUUACCAUGAAGUGUACAUUCAAGACAGUCAAUAACCACAGCAUCAUGUAUGUGCGAUGGUAUAACUAUGGGACUGAGGGACUAAAGAAAGAGCUGGUGAAUGACAGCGAUGUGAUCACAACCCUGCAUUUGGACAAUGGGUUUGCCGCUCUCACUUUGAAGAAUGCGAAUUCAUCUAAUACAGGAACCUACGUGUGUGAGGUGGGGAUUACAGCAAGGAACCUGUCUGGGAAUGGAACAGGAACCCAAGUGAUCAUCAAGACACAUGAUCCAAUGAGCUCUUACAUUGUUCCUGGAGUUCUGGCUGGGACACUUCUCUUCUUGCUGGUGCUUGGUAUCCUUUUGUGGAGAUGGAGACAGAGCUCCAAAGAACCACUUCAAAGCAGGUCAGAGGCAGAGAUGAAUCAGAUGGAGACGUCUUCUCCUCCACCAGCUGAUGACGUGACUUACCUUAACUUGAACUUCCACGAAAGAGAUGCAAAAGCAGAGGAAGAUGUUAACAUAUAUGCAAAUGUCAACCCUCAUCAUCGCUAGGGGAAGAGCUAGUGGGAAUUAACAGACGGGUAACCAGCAUUUCACAUGUCCAUUAAAUGCAAGUCUCCAUAAAACAACGAAUUAGCUGUUAGAAAAAGAUGUCCUUGGAGAUCAAAGUCCUCUAGUUAUGAACAGAGCAGGUAGCAGUGCAAGAUUCCCUUGUUUCCUGCUCCACCAACAUGCCUCAACUCUGAUCUGGAGAGACCAAUUCUGUGGGCAAACGGAGAGUUCUGCUAACCCAUCUACUCUUGGCCUAUGUGCUGUAAUCAGAUUGUAGGAACUUUCAGUAGCUAUUUACCAGCUCUGUAUUUGAAAAAGUGAUCAAGAGCCAAGCCCUUGAGCCACGAAGUAUGGAAAAUGUUGCCACCUUGUUGUGGGAAGCACUGUCCUCCACUGAAGAUGCCAACUGUGCUGAAUCAGGAAGGAAAAGCCUCCGAAGAGCCAUGCUCCCUACACUGGAGGAUGUACAAUAAUGCUGAUAAGGCUC